CUCCUUUCAUUCAACAUCAUCUUUCUCCGUUCACAUUUCAUCUUUCUCCGAUUUUUUCAAAUUAUAUUUCAACCCAUUUCUUCUUUUUCUAUCCAUUUUCAUGGAAAUCUCUUCUUUUCCUGUUAUUCCUCCUGAAGAUUUAACCCAAUUUUACUCUUCCCCUUACCCAGAACUCCAUAACUCUUCCCCUUCUCAUUCUCCUCUCAAAAAACUUCGUACUGAUAUUCAAACUGAUUUUCUGGAUGUUGAUUUGAAUGAUUAUAAAGAAUCAAACCCAUCCGCCAUUAAAGACUUCCUUUCUUCUCUGUUUACAAUGGAGGAAGAACAUAUAGAUACCCACCAAUUUUUGCAGUUUCAGAAUCCUCAAAACAGUUAUUAUUCAAAUUCAAAUGUCAGUAAUGAACAAUUAAAUAAAGUAGAAGUAGUUCAACCCAAACAGAAAAACAAACGCCCUCGAAAUUCAAGCCCUGUACCCGGAGAUCCAUCUACUGCUCCGGUAACCCAUCAGAGGAGGUUAUGGGUUAAGGAUAGAUCCAAAGAUUGGUGGGAAAAAUGCAGUCAUCCUGAUUUCCCAGAAGAGGAAUUCAAAAAAUCAUUUAAAAUGAGUAAAGCUACAUUCAACAUGAUUUGUGAUGAAUUAGACCCAGUAAUUACCAAAAAGGAUACCAUGUUGCGAGCAGCAAUACCCGUUCAUCAACGGGUCGCUGUCUGUAUAUGGCGGUUAGCUACCGGAGAACCGCUUCGACUCGUUUCAAAACGGUUCGGGUUAGGGAUUUCAACCUGCCAUAAACUUGUAUUAGAAGUCUGUUCCGCCAUUAAAACUGUAAUGAUGCCGAGGUUUGUUCAAUGGCCUGAUGAAGCAAACUUAGCAGAAAUCAAAACAAAAUUUGAAUCCAUUUCUGGAAUCCCCAACGUUGGAGGAUCCAUUUACACAACCCAUAUACCCAUCAUCGCUCCGAAAGUGAAUGUCGGAGCUUAUUUCAACAAACGCCAUACAGAACGUAACCAGAAAACAAGUUACUCCAUUACAGUACAAGGUGUGGUGGAUCCAAACGGUAUUUUUACCGAUGUUUGUAUCGGGUGGCCCGGAUCCAUGCCCGACGACAAAGUUAUGGAGCAAUCCGCUUUGUUUCAACGGGCUACCCAUGGAGCAUUGAACAAUGUAUGGAUGGUGGGUAAUUCGGGUUACCCGUUAAUGGAUUGGAUGUUAGUACCAUAUACCCAUCAAAAUCUAACAUGGACCCAACAUACAUUCAACGAGAAGAUUGAAGAAAUUCAAAAGGUAGCUAAAGAUUCAUUUUAUAGAUUGAAGAAAAGAUGGGGAUGUUUACAGAAAAGGACUGAAGUUAAAUUACAGGAAUUGCCAGGGGUUUUAGGAGCUUGUUGUGUUCUUCAUAAUAUUUGUGAAAUGAGGAAUGAGGGAAUCGAACCCGAGACCGAUGAUUCGUUUGAGCUUUUUGAUGAUGAGAUUGUACCGGAAAAUCCGGUAAGAUCGGCGGCUGCUGUUCAAGCUAGAGAUCAUAUUGCUCAUAGUUUGUUGCACCAUGGCCAUGCUGGCCCUUCUUUUUUUUAGGUCUUUCCUAAAUUUGAUUAUCAAAUUUAAUUUUAAGGUUUUUCAUUUAAUUAAUGUUUAUUAAUUUUGGGAUUUAAUUCUUUUAAAUUUAUGUCAUACAUAUUUAUAGAUACAAAAAUAACAUAGUCGAGAUACUGUAAUGUAAGGGUAAAGUGUACACCAUUUAUGAAACAAAUUGAUUUUUAUUGAGUCGAAGAAUAAAUAGAAAA